AUGUCAAGUGGGGAUUCGUUAGUGGAGAACAAUGCGAGUGGGGUGUAUAACAGCGAAGGUGGGGACAAAGAGAAAUGGGAGUACACGAAUCACACCUUCGAUUACAGCAGGAGUGGAAGUCGAAGUGGAACCCCAAAUGGCAGCCGAGAUGGCAACCAAAGUCCCUCUAGCAACGGAGGCCCCGCUAGAAGCGAUAGCCAAGUUUGCAACUCCAGCUAUGAGAGGGGAGCAGACAAGGGGAACUUUCGACAUACGCAUGAAAGGAAGUGCAGCAAAAGUAAGACGGUUCAUAAAUACGAAGGAGACAAACCAAUUUUUUAUAAGAAUGAAAACAGGUACAUGAUUCAGUGCAUAAAUGGAGUAAACGAUGAUAUAAAUUAUGAAACGUCAAUAAUGCUAGACGAGACAACAAUUAAUACACAUCGUCUGGGGGACACACUGACACUUGACGAUAGGGAGCAUUUGAACGAGAGCCAUGUUAACAGAAUAAUUCGUGUUGAGAAGGUGAAGCGGGACAAAAAUUACAAUCUUAACACCGCUAUGACAGAGAAUAUGCACGACGUGGAUAGAGCCAAUACGCUACCAAAUGGCCACGGGGUGACUGCCACAAAUGUCGCCACAAAUGCAACCGCAAAUGACACCAGCAAUUUUAGUUACCCAUGUUUCAAUGAAUCCACGCUGAACGAUUAUGUGACGAAUAAAUCGAGACCCUCCGACACGGAUGAUGAUAAGGAGGGGGACGAAGUUGUCGAAAGGACGGGCAUAGGAAAGAACGCCUUUCUAUAUAAUGUUCAGUUGCAAACUGGAAGGGAAGACGCUUACUGUAAAGAGCUGCCAAAAGGAGGAAAAGAUAGACCGAGGAAUCCAUGCCGAAGCAGAAGUGAGGAAAUCAGACGGUGCGAUUCUGUACAGUGGGGGAGCAUAAAAGAAGAUGCAGAAGAAAAAAGUAUAGAGAAAAAAAUCAAGGAGGAAGACGACUACGAAAAUGGAAAGAACAUAGUAGGUAAAGAAAAAAAAGAUAAUCAUUCUACAACGAAUUGUACAAAAAACUACAAAAACGAGUUAAGAAAAUAUAUAGAAUUCAACAGCCUGACGAGAAAAAAAGUACACAUGGAAUUGUUUUUACAUCACCAAAUUAAUUGCUACGAUUUGUUGCUAGAAAUAAGGAAAAAGAUACCCAUCUGGGGAGAAUACGAAGCGAAUUUUUUUUUUCAUUGGAAAAAAAUUAUGACCAUUUGUAUCGAAGAGUUAAAAAUAUACAUCUUGAUAUUUCGGUCUUUAAAUAUCGAAACUGUUAAGCACUUGGAUUUUUUUAUGCUAAAAAUUAUUGUAGACGAGCUAGAUGAACUCAGGAAGGUACACGAGCCUAAUUACAAGCCAUUCAUAUUUACACAGGAGUGUCUAAAUGAUUACGAAUAUUCCCGUUCAUUUGAAAAGAGCCCAGACAUUUAUGUCAAUAUGAAUGAAUUUAUCCAACCCUGGUAUGGGAAGAAUUUUAACAACUCAAUGGACAUUAAGAAGUUUCUAAAUUCCUUGGACAUUUUGGAAAACCAGAAACAUAAAUCGUAUAUCAUCCAGGCGAUGGAGAUCCCUACGUAUAUCUUUGACUUGUGUGAUUUGGAGGAAGCAAAAAAUGGAGUGGUCACGCCAAACGCAGGGGGACCACCAAAUGCGAUGCUUUCACCAAGCGUGAUGGCUACAACAACUAGUGUAUCCUCCCAAAAUAGGGUUUCCAAUUCACCGAACGAUACCUCGAAGAAGGUCAAAAAGAUGUGCGCGAAGAAGAAAGAAAAUCACAAGGUAAAAGAUUCAAACACUCCCGCAAACCCUAAGCCGAAGAAGAGAACAGGCUACUACGACCUCGAGAUAGACGGGGUUGUUGCAUCCUUUGAGGCCCGUAAGGGAGUUUAUUAUGACAAGUCGAGGAAGCUCUGGAGGGCGAACUGGAAGGAAAACGGGAAGAUUCAAACGAAGGGAUUUUCAGUCAAUGAAUAUAAGUCGGUUCAACUAGCUAGACAAAAGGCAAUCGAGUGGAGAGAAAAAAAGGAGGCAGAACUUUUGCUAUGA